GCCGGAGGAGGAGCGCCUGGCCCGCGCAGGUCCUGGGGCUGGAAGGAGGUGGAGGUGCUGCGGUCCAACUGCUGAAGUCUCCAUGUGACAGUGAGUGGGGUCCCUUUUCUAGGUGCUUCUCCACUCCUGAUUACAGUCACAGGAACCAGCCACUAUUCCAGCGCCGACAGACCAGCAAGCCUGGGACUCUGGGCUUCGGACUGUGUCGCCGCCGGACUUGGGGUGCGGAGUGAACGGCCGCCCCGGGGAAGGAGGCGGAGCGGCUGUGCGAGCGGGGCUCAGUAGCGGCGCCGGGGCCCCCGAGCUGGCAGACAUGAACGGCUUCACUCCGGAGGAGAUGAGCCGAGGCGGGGACGCGGCCGCAGCGGUGGCCGCGGUGGUCGCUGCUGCAGCUGCCGCCGCCUCGGCCGGCAACGGGAACGCGGCCAGCGGUGGGGCAGAGGUACCGGGUGCCGGAGCGGUGUCUGCUGCUGGGCCACCUGGAGCGGCGGGUCCCGGCCCCGGGCAACUCUGUUGUUUGCGGGAAGACGGCGAGCGGUGCGGACGCGCGGCGGGCAACGCCAGCUUCAGCAAGAGGAUCCAGAAGAGCAUCUCUCAGAAGAAGGUGAAGAUCGAGCUGGACAAGAGUGCAAGGCAUCUUUACAUUUGUGAUUAUCAUAAAAACUUAAUCCAGAGUGUUCGGAACAGAAGAAAGAGGAAGGGAAGUGAUGAUGACGGGGGCGAUUCACCUGCUCAGGACGUCGACACGCCAGAGGUUGAUUUGUACCAGUUACAAGUAAAUACACUUAGAAGAUACAAAAGACACUUCAAGCUUCCAACCAGACCAGGUCUUAACAAAGCACAACUUGUGGAGAUAGUUGGUUGCCACUUUCGGUCUAUUCCAGUGAACGAAAAAGACACUUUAACCUAUUUCAUCUACUCAGUGAAGAAUGACAAGAACAAAUCAGAUCUCAAGGUUGACAGUGGCGUUCACUAGGAACGAUGCCAUUCACACUAGCGCGUGGGUGUCUGCUGUAAAGAAUGUUUGCUGUUCUUUAUAUGUACAAACGGUCUUGUGUAUUUUUUCUACAGAGGAUUUUUCUUUGGGUUUUUUGUUUGUUUUUGAUUCUCAUAAUUAGCUGGAAACUCAUAUAACCUGGGCUUCCUAGAUUAAAAAUAUUUUAAAUAAAGGUUGAUUACCAUUAUACCUGC